AUGGCGCAUGGUGGAGGCACAACCAAGAUCGCUGGGUUCCGCAGCAUGGCCGAGUUCGUGCACACCGCUACGGUGGAUUACAUGAGAGCGGAACUAUUUUUUGACCCAAAGCUUGCCGCUGCGUGGGAGGCGAAGCAGUGCCAAAGUCGCUGGAACUCCAUCUUUCGUCGCUAUCGUGCGGCACGGUACAAACUGGAUAACCAGACGGGGUUUGGGCUCACAGAAGAGAUGGUUGCAAAGGGAAUGACGGUCGAUGAUCUUGCAGAGGAAAGUUGCCCAUGCUUUCAUCGAAUUGAUGCGCUCUUCGGCGCAAAGUCUAAUGUCGCACCCCCUUCAGAGAUGAGCGAGCCAUCCAUGACUUCUAGUCAGAAUAGUACCGUGAAUGAUACCGGCUACGACCAGGAGAAUGUGAGCCCAAACGCUCAGAAGAGUGCGGCAUACCGACCACUCAAUUUGAUAAACACCACAGAACAGGAUCACACUUCUCAACAGCCUACUAUGGCCACGAUAGCGAAGCCAACUGCAAAGAAGUCCACUCCGGCGACGAAGACUUUCAAAAGCGCCGCAAAAACGAAGGCAACCACGGCUGCAGAGACAAAAGGAGUCGACAAAGCCAUGUGCUACAAGCGCAAGGACUUCGGUAGCGUUUACACAGAGGCAUCCAAGAAGCGCCAAGCCUUUAACGAGAAGAAACUUAAGGUGCAGAUGCAAUGGAAAGAAAAAAUGCUGCUGGAGGAGCCUUGA